AUGCCGCUCUUCUCGAAUAAGUUCUCUCCUAAAAAGACACCAACCAGGAAAGCGUUUGUUUCGUUGGCAAACAAAGACUUGAGCCCUAAAAGAAUCGAAAAAGAAUUGGGCCCAGACGUGGGACCGAUACGUCUCAGGCUUGGUGACCAGGAAGCUGUUUUUGAUAGUGGCCAAUGGAUCCCUGAAACAGGUAAAGUUAGUGGAACUUAUAAAGAGAAUGAAAGACUCCGUAGAGAGGUCAAGAAACUUGAGGAGGAAAACAACUUACUGAAAUUGAAAUUCGAAGUCAUGCUCGAUAUGUUGACACAAACAACGGCUGAGUCCAAUCUCCAUAGCAAAGAACUAGAAACGCUAAAGAAUAAACUGAGUCGCUCUAAACGCAGUUAGGUGCUUCAAAUAGUGACAGUGGGUUGCAUCCUUGCCAGCUACGAUAUCCCCCAACGAACUCAUAGGUCAAUAAAUGACCCGAAACAGACGUCAUUGUCAUCUUACAUUGUUGCCCCCAUAGUUGAGUUUCGAAUUCAUAAAUUUUGUUAUACACUGAUAGCCCCUCUCGCUAAAAUGAAAAAGUUUCCUUCAAAUUCAGCCAGAAACAACAAUAAUAGUAGCAUAAAAAACAAUCAUUACCCGCCUUGAAGAAUUCCGCGACAGGUAGCCUGCGAUACCUUUGGCAGCAUCAUUUUUCUCUGCUAUAUUCAACACUUUCAUUUGAUUACUCUGAUUUUUCUCUGCUUUAGAAUUGUUGCUUUUGAAUCUGACAAGUCCUCCCCAGAAGCUGUGUAUAGC